CUUCUCUCCCGACCUCCAUCUUGGAAAGGUUGAUUCAAAAUGAAAUACAAUAAAAAUGUGAGUUCUUCUCGGCGAAAAAGCCGCAAAGCCUAUUUCACAGCGCCCUCUAGUGUAAGACGAAAGCUGAUGAGUGCGCCAUUGUGUAAAGAUCUUCGUCAAAAGUAUAACGUACGUUCUUUACCCAUUCGCAAAGAUGAUGAAGUUCAAGUUACACGUGGCCAUCACAAAGGUCAACAGGUUGGCAAGGUUAUUCAGACAUACCGAAAAAAAUGGGUCAUACACAUUGAAAGAAUCCAACGAGACAAGGCAAAUGGUGCGACCGUAAGUGUCGGUAUUCAUCCUAGCAAGGUUGAGAUUGUCAAACUGAAGUUGGAUAAAGAUCGUAAAGCCAUCUUAGAAAGAAAGGACAGAAAGAGGUUGACAGAAAAAGGAAAAGGGAAACACACAGAGGAAGAUGUUGCUAUGGCUACUGUUGAAUGAGCAUUUUUAGAAAGAACAGUCAUCCUGACAUGAAAUUUUGUGGUGUAAUAAAAUAAAUAUGUGCCACCUA